GCUAGAAUUGGACACAAGGUUGACAUGAAAGGAACUUUGGUCAAAACGCCGAAUAAAUUUGAAAUAAUCUAUGGCGAAAUUUCCGGUGGUCUGACUUCUUUCGGCUUGCCCGCUUCCUGUAGGAAAAAACAAUUUGUGGACAAAGUAAAACUUAUGGUGAUGUUAAGGGACAGUUUGAAUCAAUUCUUUAAAAACUAUUUGCACGUAACAGACGAACAACGUAAAAAGUUAAUAGUCUACGGUUGGUUGCAAGUUGUUGAACUAAGCUUUUACGCUAUGGAUUGGAUUGGAUGCGGAAUAUACAGAUUUGGUAAAUUAGAUAAGUGCGAAUUACCGGUUGAUGAAGAUGAUUUAAGCAUCCUUGAGGAUGCGUACUACAUUCUUAGGUUGCUAGAGUCGAAAUCGCUUGAAUCAGAAAAAAUCAUAAAAGAAAUCUUACAAAAUAAUACGAAAAACAAAAGACGACGUAUUAUGUCAGAAAGUAUUCCUCAUUUAAAUAAGAACCGAACUCCUAUUAAAUAG